GCAGUAGUAGUACAUCCGGGUGAUUCCAGUGACCUUGGGCUCGUGAGAAUCAUGGCGGCUCUUGUAAGGAUAAGUUAUGUUUGCCACAGAGGUGUCAGCCCUCUGUUAUUUCGCUCUUCCUCCCUCAUCAGACCUUUGGCCGUACAGAAGGAUCGUGAUUGUCCUUAUCACUUGAUAUCAGCAAAGAUCCACGCAACUCCAUCCAACUAUGCAGGCUCUGGGUCCAAAGCGGCUUCUCUGCACUGGACGGGAGAGCGGAUCCUGAGCAUAGCUCUUCUGGGUUUGGCACCCAUGGCAUACUUUUACCCCGUCCCUGCUGUUGACUACACUUUAGCAGCUGCACUUACUCUGCAUGGUCACUGGGGUCUUGGCCAGGUUUUGACAGAUUAUGUUCACGGAGACUCUAAAAUCAAGAUGGCUAAUGCUGGCCUCUUCCUUCUGUCGAGCGUCACCUUUGCUGGCCUGUGCUACUUCAACUACCAUGACGUGGGGAUUUGUAAAGCCGUGGCCCUCUUGUGGAGUAAAUGACUUGACUGAGAAGGAGGAUGGGAUCCGCUCUUGGCAUCAGCGUUCAAGUUUAUCAUAUUCAGUGACAUUAUACGUAAAUUCUAUAAAUAUCUAAUUUUUGACAACAUUGUGUCGAUUAGCAAGUGUUUUUAAUUGUUAAUGUUGUCAGUUUGUUCAGAACAUGCUUAGCUUUUGCUUAAGAUGGAAAUCACUGCAUGUCAUCCACUCUAUUGUCUGGUAAAUCAGUGUUUCUGAUGCAGCAAAAGGAACUAAUUGUUGUGGCUACAAGAUGCUGGUCACUGUAUUUGAACUUGAAAAUCAGUAAUUGAACAAUAUAACAUUUUUAAAGGAAAAUGAUCAGGUAAUAAAUGUUUUGGCCGUAUUUAUGGCAUAAUGUCUUUUUGUCAGCUAUCAUGUUAAAACAGUAUCUUGAUUGAAGUUGGCUGUGUCAUAUGCAGAAUUAACUUUACACAGGUAUCUGAACAUGCACCUUGAUAGUCCUCCAUUAUUGACCACAACUUCUGGAGAAUUCAAGUCACAUUGACAGCAUUUCGGCUUUACACUUUGCAUGGCUGUAUUUCUACUCAAGUAAGUAGUUGUUUAUGAAAGGCAAUUUGUAACUGGAUAUGCCUUGCAUUAAAAAGCAAUUUAUUUACGUCUUUUAUUUUGAAUUGCUUAGAUGUAUUUAAAAAAGUUAUAUCCCAGCUUGUGUGGGUAAUGAUACAAAUGUGAAUCUAAAUGACAAAAUACGAGUUGUGGCUCUAAGGGUUACUAGAUAUAUAAAGUGCUAUGGAGAUUUGUGUUAUAUAUCUGUAUGACUAGAUCUCUAUGCAGAUUGAAGCUUUGAGUACAAUUGUGCACUUAAGAAUAAAAAGUUAUUUUUUUCAUUAUUA